CUGCACUGUACGCUGCGUCGCGUUUCUUUCAUAACGCAAAAUCGCAAUUCGCAUAAUCCCAGGAAACAAUGGACAGUGGUAUUCGGCGACGACAGAUGGGAAAAAAUCGGUGCGAUUGUUAACAAGACGUCAGUCGGACUGCAAACGACAAUUUCAAUCACGAAGAAUGGCGUGCCUAAAGCUGUAUCUUGUUCUGCUCUUGACCGUUGCAAUCGGUGUGGCAGUUGCAAAGCCGGGAUAUUUAGGCUAUGGAUAUGGUUUCUAUCCGUAUUCUUACGGAUAUAAAUUCCCAUUUUACGGUUAUGGCCAUGGAUAUGGCCAUGGAUAUGGACAUGGCUUUGGUCAUGGUUAUGGAUACGGAUAUCCGUAUUAUGGUGGCUAUGGUCAUUAUGGUCAUUACGGCUAUUAUUAAGGUGAACACAAAAUAUCGACCUCCUUUUGGAUUCCCUCUGGAAUACCAUCUAACGAGUGAGCUUAGUUCAAAAAUGAUCUACUGUUUUCUCCCUUUUUGUCGUCAAGAUUGAUUCAAUGUUGCGAGGAACAUGAUUCAUGUAAUACGUGUGUCAAAUUGUGCACGCAGUUUUGUCUACGACAAAAUUCUAAAAAAAGAAGAACAAAAUUCCUUACAGAAAUUAUAAGACCACAGUAUUACGAAAUAUAUUCAUAUAUUAUAAAUAUAAUAUUAUUAGAUAUGAAUAUAUAUAUUCUACAAAAAAUAAAUUGUGCAUUAUUAAAAAUACUGAAUCUUACUAAUGUUGUUUUCAGAAAAGUUAAAUGGUAAUGGUUUAUCAAUGAUUAUCAUUGUCAUGACAACUUUAGUAUCACUGAUAAAAUAAAUUAAUAAUAAUAAUUCAAUUU